AAGAAGUUUUGUAACAACAAGUAGCGCACAACCACAACAACAAGCCUGUCCGCUUUUCACUUAACAAGAUGGCAGCCAGCUCUCGUGCAGAAGUGAUAAAGAUUUACCGGCAAAUGAUGAGAGCUGGGGAACAAUUUGGAAGUUACAACUUCAGAGAAUAUGCAAAGAGAAGAAUCAGAGAUGGCUUUAAAGAGCAUAUAAAUGAAGCAGAUGGAAUUAAAAUUAAGUCUUCCAUUGUCAAAGCCCAAGAGAAUUUAGCACUUAUAAAGCGACAGGUUUUGAUUGGACAAAUGUAUCAUCCAGAAAAGCUAAUUAUAGAGAAGAAAAUUACUUAGAAUGAUGUUUUAACGAACUGUUCACAAAUUAAUUGAACCCAAAAAAGCUUGGUUGCUCUACCAUCUAAACACUGUGAAAGCCUAUGGUGUUUGUAAAUUGUGAAUGUUAUAUAUGUACUUGGAAAAUUUAUGAAUGAUUUAUGUAAUUUUUUGAAGCAAGAAAAUACAGAAGAACUGAUGAAUUUUUUUAAGUUUUAUAAUAGAUUGACCCAAGUCAUAAUACUAGUUUUCUUGGCAUAAAUUAAGCCCUGAGUAUGCAAGAUGUUUCCCAUUUAUAGUCAAACUCAACUUACAGUCACAAUUUUUCAUGUAGUAUUUGUUGUGACUAAAACUAUUUGUCUCCUGUUUAUCUGACUGAUUAAUUGAAUAAGCCAUGCUUUAAACAGUCACUAACAUUAAUAAUGUGAAUUGUUAGUGCUAAUUUAACCCUUCUAUAUAAUUGACAAAUUUAAGCAGAUGAAACCAAUUAAAAUAGCAUGGCACUGAUAAACCUGUGGUGUUUUAGUUGCAAAAGUGUUUUUUGUCUAAGUCUGUCCUUUAAAUUUGCAAAUUUAGUAGUAAUUUUGUCAUUUUA